GGGCAGCUGAGCGCCAUGUAAAGACCCCAAAGAGCCAUCAUGGCCGCGCCGGCUACGGACGCCGGGGAGUUUGAAAGCUGGCUAAAUAAUCGACUGGACACUCUAGAAGUGGACCGGGAGGUGUAUGGAGCGUAUAUUCUUGGAGUGCUGCAGGAAGAAGAGAGCGACGAUGAGAAGAAGGACGCGCUUCAGGGGAUUCUGGCUGCGUUUGUGGACGAAGACACAGUAGAGGAUGUUUGCACACAGAUCAUCCAGCGGUGGACAGAGUGGUGCAGUCGCUCAGCAGCUAAAAAUGACAUCAAAGAUGUGGAGGUGCAGGCCAUUGCCAGCAUGAUUGAAAAACAGGCUCAAAUCGUGGUGAAACAGAAAGAAGUUUCCGAGGAGUCCAAGAAAAGGAAAGAGGCCCUGCUGGCUCAGUACGCCAAUGUCACAGAUGAAGAGGAUGAAGCAGAAGAAGAUGAAGCAGCCAGUGGGAAUAACAUGCCUGGACCUGAAAGAUCGCUUUUCAAGAACACCAAUGUUGAAGAAGUUUUGCACCGCCAAAAACAAAAGCGGGAGCAAGCGAGAGAAGACUCUCAGAAAAAGAAAGAAAUGGACAAAAUGCAGCGAGAAAAGGACAAACUUGCCAAACAAGAUCGAAAAGAGAAGGAAAAGAAGCGCACACAGAAAGGAGAGCGCCGAAGAUAAAAGCAAGUGAAUGGACUCUAAAUAUGAAAGAUAACAUGACAAAAGAAUUUGUGAAUGUUGGCUCAGUCUUCCGUACAAGUGUGUUGAGAAAAAUUCACAUCACAUCCCAAGGUAAUAUGGCUGUUAUCUUGCCUUCAGCCCACUAUUGAUACUGAAUAGGGGUCGUGAGCAGAUACCUCAAGUGCUCAGCAUGUUUAUAAAGGGAUUCGACAUGUUUUUAAAUGAAUAAACUAUUUUCAGCAAUUCAAACGCCUUUAUUUUCAACUUUUCAGUUUACAGGACGUAACUUCAACAAUCACCAAUGACAGGCACUUUUAAUUGAGUGACUCAUAUUUUCCCUUUUUUUUCAUAUUGAUUUUGUAAAUUUCAAAUGAUUCAUAUUAAGAUUGAAGCUUGAACCAUAAGUAAAACAGUAACUGGAACAGGUUGAACGUUUUCAUUUAUAAUAAAUUGAACAAAUGUAAAUAAAUUUUUAAUUUAAAUAUUUGUUUAUUAAGUACAAACUGUACUUGUAUGUACUUCAGGUGGUGAUCUGCAGAAAAGUUUGUUCUUUCAAUGUUGGAAAUAAUUUUUCCUAAAAUUAUUUUUUGGGUUCAGUGAUUGAUUAAAUGAUUCAUAUCUCAUUCCAAUAAAUAGGUAAAAGAAGAAUGUGAUGGAUUCUUCUUCAUAAAUAGCGACAUAAAAUUCAAAUGUGGCAGAAAGGGGUAACAUUUAGAACCAACACUAAUUCAAUUCAAAUAAGACAUGCAAGUAAAUCUCCUUCUUGGCCAUCGAGACACACCAAACACUUAUUGGCUCGUGCGUGUCUCCAUUGUCAAACAUUGAAAAAGUACCCCUCAGACAUGCUCUCCGUGUCUGCCUUCUCCCUGCUAUCAUGAUCAUCCAAAACUUCCGAGAGCUCUGCCAGGGUCAUUUGUAGAG